AAGUUACUUGUUUUCCAGUCAUUUCAUUUUAAAAUCUAGUCAUUUUAGUAAAACCCACAAACAAAAGACGUGACACAAAAUUUCAAUUGCUAUUUUAUAAUAUUACAAAAAUUCUGUAAAAUUUUCGAUACACAAUGUCACUAACCCCUGAUGAUGGCAAGGAACCGGAAUUUUACCAACUGCAGACGUGCGAAGGCUACACCCUUGAUGUGGAGACUUCUGUAGUGGAGCAGAUGGGCACAUUGCGUGAUAUGCUGUUGCUGGAGACCUCCCACUCCACCGAAGUAAUACCGCUGUCGAAAAUUCAGUGGUGGGUCUUGGAUAUAGUGGUCCAGUGGUGCAGAUGGGUCCGGGACAGGAGUUCAAUGAAGAAGGACAGUAAUAGAGUCAAAUAUUUCGAAGGACUUCUCCGUGAGGGAAAGGACGAGGUAAUCUUUCAACUCCUCUUGGCGGCCAACUUUCUGCAUGUGGAGAGCUUGAUGAAAGCGGCGACGCAGUACCUGGCCGAUACUAUAUCAGCCUGCAACAGUGUUGAGGAAAUACGGGAUCGUUUCGACUUGCCGGAUGAUAUCCCCAGCGACGAAUUUGAAAUCGAUCCUUGAAAAUCAUAGCACAAAUUUGUAUUUGCCCAGAACUCUAAAUAAAAAUUCUCAAUUUUUUGUAAGUAA